GGGCACAGAAGAUGCAGAGCCCUCAGAAGGAGCAUCUCUACAAGCUGCUGGUCAUCGGGGACUUGGGCGUGGGCAAGACGAGCAUCAUCAAGCGCUAUGUCCACCAGAACUUUUCCUCGCAUUACCGCGCCACCAUCGGAGUGGACUUCGCCCUCAAAGUCCUACAGUGGGAUCCCGAGACGGUGGUCCGGCUGCAGCUCUGGGACAUUGCAGGACAGGAAAGAUUUGGGAACAUGACGAGGGUCUAUUACCGCGAAGCCCUGGGGGCAUUCAUCGUCUUCGACGUGACCAGGCCGGCGACGUUCGACGCGGUGACCAAGUGGAAAAGUGACUUAGAUUCAAAGUUGACUCUUCCCAGUGGUAAACCGGUGUCUGCCGUCCUCUUGGCCAACAAAUGUGACCAGGGGAGAGAUGUGCUCAUUAACAAUGGCCUCAAGAUGGAUCAGUUCUGCAAGGAGAACGGCUUUGUGGGAUGGUUCGAAACAUCAGCAAAGGAAAAUAUAAAUAUUGAUGAAGCUUCCAGAUGCCUAGUGAAACACAUCAUCGCCAACGAGAGCGACCUAAUGCAGUCGGUGGAGACGGAUGUCAUACGACCACACUUGACGCCUCCCAGAGUGAUCAGCUGUUCCAACUGCUCCAAAUCCUAGAUCCGGGAGCCUCUGCAGAUCUCUCUGAUCCAAGACUUGGGAUAGGAUAUUGGCCAUUCCUUCUGGGUGACGGGAAAUGGGAUUUCCAGAGUCCUGAAAGAGAGAAACCAAAGAAUCUUCCUAUUUUGUUAAACAUUGUAAAUCUCCUGGCCCAGUGUUUACACAAUUUUCCUAUCAUUUAGUCUCUUCUAAAAUCCGUGUCCUGCUCUAAUCGCCAAGGCACUCCCAAGUAGAAUCAGGCACUGUAUCAUGUGGGGCUAUGGAGCAGGGAAGAAGGACCUUGUUUUUUGGGUAAUCUCUUCCAUUUUGAUAUCCUGCUACAAACAAGACCCCAGCAAUUAUGGUGAAAGCCAAGGACAGGAGAGUCUUGCUUUGCUCUUGUU